AUGAAUGGUGAAUGUUUCCGUGAAUGGUUGGAAAGUGUUUUGCCUAGACUCAAAGAUAACGCUGUUAUUGUUAUGGAUAACGCCCCUUAUCACUCCGUAAAACAAGAAAAGUGCCCAAAUUUGAAUACGAGGAAAGCCGAUAUUAUUGCGUGGCUUGAGAGCAAAGGAGAGGUUGUUGAUAAGUCUAUGGUUAUUCGAGAACUAAUUCCGAUUGUCAAUAGACUGAAGCCAAUGCACAACAAAUACGUGAUAGAUGAAAUGGUCAAGACACAUAAUAAAGAUGUACUUCGUUUACCACCAUAUCAUUGCGAGCUCAAUCCGAUUGAACUCGCAUGGUCCAGUGUAAAAAAUUAUGUGAGAAAGAAUAAUACUACUUUCAAGCUGCAAGAUGUCAAACGAUUAUUAAUUGAAGGCGUUCAAAGAGUAGAUUCUGAGAUGUGGAAAACUUUUAUUAAACAUGUAGUUGACGAAGAAGACAAAUUGUGGAACAUGGACUUCAUUGUUGAUGAGUUGACGGCUGAACAAGAACCAUGUGUUUUGAAUCUGGGCCCCGAUGACUCGGACUCAGAAUCGGACUCGGACUCAGAAUCAGACUUGGACUCAGAUAACGACGUCAGACCUCUUUCAGACGAGUAA